CGCCUCUAGAUGGCGAUCAGUCAAAGUGCAGCUCUCUAUGGUUAACACUGCUAAUUCCUGCUGAUCAUAUGACCGGAAGCAGCUGGGAUAAGCCUUUUUCUGUGCUCCCCUAAAUCUUUCCCAUGGGAGCUGUGCGUUUAGUGUGUGCCCCAAAACCGCUCGCACCAGUGAGACCCUGCUGUCACUGAGCUACGACCACCCUCGUGGAUUCCUCUCUCUGUAGGUCCAUGUAGAAGUCCUCCCCCCUCCCCUGGAGCUGUUACCCAGGCACCUCCAUCACACACACACCCACCCACCCACACACUGCAAUAUGAGUCACCAGGCUCAGCACAGGGACCUCACACCCCAAACUUCCUUCUCCAAAUCAACCCCUAUCCCAACCUACCUCCCAGCCAUGGGGGACAUAAGAGCACCUUAUAUAUAGUAAAUCUACUAGCUCUGCAGCUGGUCCACUAAUUAAGAGAUCCAAUUCCAUAAUUAUAUCCUGCAACAAGCUGCCCCUCAAUAGGGGAGACCCCACACAAAUCCCCCUCCCCUCUCAGCACACCUGGGUCCCCUGUGCAGACUGGCCCCUGCUCUGAGUGAUAUUUAGAGUUCUGGUAAGUAAUUGGAAGGGGUCAGGUAUCAUAGGUUGUGUUGCUUUGUGAAGUUGUCACUACAAACCUGGUUUGUUUUUUUUGCAGAAGGACUUGGUAGCACUGACACUUGGAUACCAUGGAAGGUAAUACUUUUCAGUUCUAUGUCAAACUUUGAUUGCUAAUAAGAUUUUAUGGGCUUUUAAUUGGAACAAUGUAUAGCAGUGUGAGAAUUGUACAUAUAUCAAUGUAGAUUUUGCAUUUCUGAUGGGAAGGAAAAAAAUAAUUUUUAUAUAUAUAUAUUAUUUAUUUUUUUUUUUAAUUUUUUCCUAUGCUUUACUUUGCCUAUCUACAUAUCUGUGUAUUCCUGGGGAAUCUUUUCCGCAAAACGGAAAGUUUAUUUUACACACUUCUCCCUGGAUUAACUUUUUUUUAAAUCUGUGGAUUUAAUGAACAUUUGUAACUUUACACACACACAUCCAAAUCUCUUUGCAUUGAUAUGUUCUGAAAUGUUUGGUGUGGGGGGUGUGUGUGUGUGUGGUGAUUUUUUUUAAUUAAUUUAUUUAUUUUCUUCCCUUCUUGUAAUUUCAAAGUGACACAAAUGACUGUCCUAUUUUCUCUGCAUAUUCUAUAUUCAUGCCAGUCUGAAAGGCAAGCACAUAUAUGGAUUAACAAAUAUAAUAAUUUUUAAACAGCCAACCAUGAGUUCCAUUUUUCACACAUUAUUGAACAAUUCUCUUCUUGGUUUCUGGAACGGCUAUAGUCCACCACUGUGACACUAACAUGUUUUACCGUGUUGCUUUAGCUGGUGGAAAUAAGUAGGCAAUCUUAGGAUAGUUACAUGUAGAUUUUAUUUUCAUUAAAGGCACUACACUUCAUGUACCAGAACUCUUGUAGGCAAAACAAAGAAUUGAUGUGAUUAACCACGGUAUGCAGUGUAGAAUAACUUAAUCCUAGUUUUCAUUAAAUGAAAUCCUGAUGCACAUUCAGAGCGUGGUCCUGUAUGUGGGUUAUUCACUUGAGGAAAUUCUUAAUACACAAAAUUGACAUAGGUAAGUUCGCUCAUUUUUGCAUUCACAUGCAUUUAUUUAUUUUAAAUUGCUAGUAAAAGUGCAUUACUAAGCUAUUACGGGAAGUAUGCCCAUAUUCAGGAAACGUUAGAUAAAGGUCUGAGCUGUACAAGGAAAAACUCUCUCUCCCAAUAUAUAUAUUUGUUAAACAAAAAUCUGCACACCAGUCAAGCCAUAAGACUUGCUUUUCCCACAGAAUUCCCAAAUCUGCAGUGAUGUUACAACCACAAAGGAUGGGUGGGCAUAUGCAAAUUAGUUUAACAAAGAAUCACAUUUUUGCCUCAUUCCAUUUUAAACAUGGAUUCCUUUUAAUCUGUGUUUGCAGUAUACAACUGCUUGGAACACAAUUUAGGAAAAAAUGCAAAAUUAUUAUUAUAAAUUAUACAACUACCAGUUGUAUACUGCAAACACAGAUUAAAAGGAAUCCAUGUUUAAAAUGGAUUGAGGCAAAAAUGUGAUUCUUAAACUAAUUUGCAUAUGCCCACCCAGAAUCCUUUGCGGUUGUAACAUCACUGCAGAUUUGGGAUUUCUGUGGGAAAAGCAAGUCUUAUGGCUUGACUGGUGUGCAGAUUUUUGUUUAACAUUGUAUUAACUAUCCACAGACUUCAGGUGGAAGGGGUUUUCAAUCACAAUUUUUUUUCCCCACCAUUAUAUAUAUAUUUGCAAUUUCUCCCCCACUUUAAGGCAUCAGCAGUUGUAUGAUCAUUGUGGUUUUUUUUUUUGUUUUUUUUUUUUACUACCUCUGGGUGUAAGGCUAUUUCAGCACAAAAAUUUACCACUUUAGAAUUCUGUCUUGAAAUACAACUAAUGUCCUUGCACGAAAUCCUGAAGUCAAGUGAUUGCCACAUUACAUUUUCUCUUUGACUGCUAUGUGAAAUCAUUGUCUAAUAUUAGAAGCAUUGUGACUGGUAUGGCAUUGAAAAGUUAUGCAGGUUGACAUAAACUUUAAAGCAUUGUGUUAUCCAGUGCAUCAUAUAACAGAAAUCUUAUUGUACGGAAUAUCCAGGGUGGGUUGUUGCUAUAAUGGCCAAUUCAUUGUUCAUGUUUCAGGCAGAAGGUGCAUUAUUGUAGAUGUGCCGCACCUACAGUAUGUAGAAGAUGACUAUUCAGUUGGUAGUAUAAUCUCACACUAAUGGAUAUGUUUCUUUAGUAAUUUUUGAAUGUGUACAAAUAGGUUUUAUGAUACACACCACGUGGGUCUGAUGAUUGAACCACUUUUUUUGUGUAGCUUGAGCAUCUGUAUUUUGUAUACUGACAUUUUGUUUUAGAUUAAACAAACCGGUGGUAAAACUACCUGUAAGCUAUUCUUGGUAAUAAUUAAUCUGAAAACUUCUUGAGCUCCCCGCAGAAUCCACUAGCUUACAAACGAGUUGUGGAAUGUUUCCCUUGCAUGCUGUAUAGACUUGCACUUUAAUUCUGUUAAACGCAUGUUGCUACACUUGCAUUAAAGGACUGGUAAUUCCCUGCACAGACCCAUAACAGGCAAAGCCAGUUAGCUUGGAUGAACUUGCAGAAGAGCUAAAAUUAGUGAACUAGCAUGUGCGCAAACAGUAUUGCAAAUUAAAAAAAACAAAACAAUUUCAUUAUAAUACAGUUCAGAUCCUAUCUAAAACAAAGCUGUCCUAUCCCUCACUUAAAUUGAAGACCUGCAAGAAUGUUGUUGUCCGUCUUCUAUUUGAAGCAAUGUGCUUCACAUCAACCGCAAGCAAAAAUGUAAAGUCCCAUUCAUCUGAUGGUCCAGCAGUGGUAGUCAUCAUUAAGGGGCCCUCCACUCCCAAACAAAAUAAAAAUCACUAUUUAUUAGAUAUGCUGCCAGUGAAAACGUGCAUGUAUUUAAUUUUCUCUUUUUCAUUGGGGAAUAUAUCUAAAAACUGCAGAUCUUUUGUUUGUUGCAUUUGCAAGCCCUCCCCUUCGAACCCUACCAAGACUUUAUGUGGCUGUCCAAUCACAGACUUCACAAUGUAGCUCAAUGAAAAGUCUUUGCUGCCUCUUGAGUUUAGCUCCACUGAGCUAACCAAACAAGGAAGUAGCAAGACCAGUUUUCUGACACGUGGAUUGAGGUUUCACAAGGUUAUUUCUUAUAAAAGUGACAUCUCGUGGUGGGAGGAAAAGGGGGUGAGGAGGAGGGCUUGCUCCUCACACAUAAGCAAUUCAGGAGGCUAAAGUAAUUUUAGGGGUCUGCAGUGUCUCUUUAAGAACUUGCUGCUGUUGUCCCACAUAGUGGGGGAGUGGGGAGAGAGUACAUAACACCUAACUUUUUAUAUAACCUUGCUCAAAGUAAAUCACAUAAUCUUUCGCUGGGAUUAGCGCUGAACAUUACAAUUGGUCUUCGUUUGGAGCACUGUCAUUUCUAUUUAAAUAUCUAAUCAGCAGAAGAACAAAUCAAUUGUUAAUUUUAAAGGUUAAGAUUUUGCGGGAAUACAAUCCAGCGCGCGCGCGCGUGUGUGUGUGUGUAAAUUUUUUUAUUUUUUUUUGUCAGAUAGACAUGAAAAAGUAAGUUUAACAGUAAUGCAUUUUUUUAAUUUUUUUUUUUUUUUUUUUAAUAAAAACUCAAACAUCUGGACCUCUAGAGUGAGCGCAGCACUGAAUGCACAAUCUUUCUCAUAUGUAUGUAUCUGAGCCACCAGUACAUUAGGAAGAAUAGCCUGCUGGAGCCCAGCUCUGCCCCAAAUGUGUGGAUUAGUGCUUUGAUAAUAACUAUUGCAUUCCCCCUCUCCCCCCUUCUUAUUUCUGUAUUCUAUAACUCAGGGUGCUCAAACAUUUUAAAGAGGGAGGCCCUGCCAUAAGAUAUCUUGCUUCUAUAUCCAUUGCCCACUUCUCUGUCCUGUGGGCGGAGGGUGUUCCGGCCUUAUGUUCCUCUGAUUUGUUUAAACUGGCUUUUCUCCUGCUUCUACAGAGACACUCACUGCGCCAUCUCUGAUACUCCCGGCCUGUUCAGAUAGGGGAUACCACGUGGGGAUAUUACUAUUACAUAUGUCCGCAUGAGAAGGGACUUUGUAGGAACUUUGAGGCAUCAGCUCUUUUAUGCUGGCAGUGCACCAGUGUUGCUGGUCAGCCAUGGUAAGCAAUCCUAGUCUGGCCCAGCCCUCUCACUAUGCAUGUGCGGGCUAGUGGUCUUACAAAUGUUGGCCUUGGGAGCUGAGGUUGAGGCACCCUUACUACAGUUUGGUUUUCUUCUUCUUUUAAUUUUUUUUUUAAUUUUUCAUAUUUUUGUUCUGUGUGUGUGUGUGUGUGUGUGUGUGUGUGUGUGUGUAUAUAUACACACAAUCUCUAUAUCAAGCAAUGAUACUACUCCAUGGUUCAUGAUUUGAAAAAUAAAACUUGUCUUUUAUUGCCUCUUCUAAAAGGUCAAAGUUCUUAGUUUCAAUACAAAACUUUAAUCAGUACAAAGCAUUGCAGAUGAUACAGUGUAUUUAUACCAUCAUAAACAAAACUCACUCCCCAUGUGUGCUGUGAUCGAUCAGAAUUGGGGCGUGGCCUGAAUCAGAGUGUGGGCUUGCUUCCUGUGCCCGGGAACUUCUCCUGUUGGUUUGCGUUCCGUCUGGCACCCAUGGUGAUAGCUCGAGAGCGUGGGUUUGUGCGCAACAAAGUUGUGAGUUGGCAAGACAGAAAGUAUAACUGUGGGAUCAUACGCAAUUAUGUUGCGAUUUGUGGAGGCCACAAUAGGCUGAGAGUUCAUGUAUCGUGUAUGUAUAGAACAAGUAGCAGAGAAUAAAAUUAAACAUGAUUUAAAAAAAAGGAGUAAGCAAUGUUUGACACUCCAGAUGUUGUGGACUACAUCUCCAAUACUGGCAAAGCAGGCCCACAACAGCUGGAGUGCCAAAGGUUGCCUACCCCUGUCUUGCUCCAUAAGACCCAUCCACUUACAAUGGAGGAUGUCCCCCUCUGCCAUAGCUGACUGCAGGAGAGCUGUCUCCUGUCUUCAGCCAAAUCGAAAACAAGUGUUGUUGAAAUCUCCUAAUAACCACAACCACAAGAUGCAUUAUGUCAUCUGUGGUGAAUAACAGAAAAUAACAGUACUCAGGGUAACUUGGAUCCUCAACGGAAGUAAUAAUAUAAAUAUAUACAGAAGGUAAGGAAUCCAUUUUUCAUUCCCAGUCCGACGCUGGUAAAAUAAAUCCUAUUUUAUUUACCCCCCCAGGAUUUAAAAUCAAACAAUUUCCAUCUUACAUGCUUUGUAAAUAAAUUGUCCAGCCAUCUCUCCCUGUGAGCUACCUCAAGCAAAGUGUCAAAGACGACAACAUGCUUCUCAGACAAGGUAUGUAUGUACAGUGCCCUCCACUAUUAAUGGCAGCCUUGGUAAAUAAAAGCAAAGAAGGCUGUGUGCAGAAAAAUCACAAUACUCUGCUCUUAUGGAUAUCAAACAAUUACAAACACAACACAGGUACAUUAAAAUAAAUACAAAUCUUUGUUAAAUCUGUUUGUGGUACAUUUUUGUCACCCCCUAUGAAUUCAUAGUUGAAGCAUAUUUCCCAUUGAUAUUUUACAUGUUUAGUACUCUUAGGAAAAGGAAAUAUGAGUUAACACAUUCAUCACAAUGGGUCAGACCAAGGAAUAUAACUGGGACGUGCAGCAGAAGCAUGUUGAGCUUCACCAAGUGGCUAAAAGAAAAUGGCACAAACCUUGAAAAAGCCAAUUUCCACCAUUAGAGCAAUAGUUAGGAAAUUCCAGUUAACUGGAAAUAUUAUGAAUCAAGCUGUAAGGAUGUGUGCCUAUAUUGUUUCAAUGCACUGUGAAGAGGAUGGUUUGAGUGGCCAAAAAAUCCCUAAAGAUCACAGCUGAAGAAUUGCAGAAGUUAGUUGCGUUUUGGGGUUUAGAAAGUCUCCAAACUUGCAAUCCGGCGUUGCCUACAAGUUACCAUAAGUUGUUUGGAAGAGCCUCAAGAAAAAAAGCCUCUACUCUCAUCCAAAAGCAAAAUCAAGUGUCUUCAGUUUAUCAGACACUACUGGAAUUUCAAAUCGGAUUAGAUUCUAUUGUCAGAUGAAACCAAAAUAGAGCUUUUUGGCAAUAAAUACCAGAGGUACAUAUAGAAAAGUACCUCAUGCCCACCGUUAAAUAUGGUGGUGGCACUUGAAUGUUUUGGCGCUCUUUUUCUGCCAGAGGACCUGGACAUUUGGUUUGGAUACAUGGCAUCAUGGACUUAAUCAAAUAUUUAAUGAACAUCUGACCUGACCGUGUCUGCCAGAAAGCUUAUAAUGGGCCAUGGUUGGAUCUUCCGACAGGACAAUCCUCAAAAACAUACAUAAAAUACAUUAACACAAAAGUGGUUUACGGACUACAAAAUCAAGGUUCUGUCAUGUCCAUUCAACUCCCCUGACUUGAACCCCAAAGAGAACCUGUGGGGUUAACUGAAGAGAAGAGUCCACCACCAUUGACCUUGAAAUUUGAACGAUCUGGAGAGAUUCUGCCAUUAAUUCUCUUUUAAUGCCUGAAGAGGUUGGAGAAGACCCAGAAGUCUUAUCUUGGCAUAGGGAGGUAGCACAAAGUAUUGACUAAAAGGGUGACAAUAAUUGUGCCACAUAUAUUUACCAAAGAUUUAUAUAUUGAUUUUUUUUUUUCAUUUAUAAACCCGUUUUGUGUUUGCAAUUGUUAUCCAUGAGAGCAGAAAAUUAUUAUUUUAUUUUUUUUUACAAAAGGUUUAAACAAUAGUCACUUUUCACUGCCUUCUUUGCUCAAAAUUACCAAGGUAGUUGAGGAAAAAAAAAAUCUACUUCACCUUAUUGGGACACUAUCGGCAUCAGGACCAAUGUUUAGUGUCUCCAUGCUCACCAUAGAGAUGCUUUGACUCUGCGGAGAUGCUUAUUUGUCGCAGCUAUUCCUGUGCAUGCGCAAUACCUCCCCAUUCUUUAUUAUUAGUAUUGCUAAUUUCAGCCAGCAGAGAAGAAAGGUGUGGUGUGUUUUUUUUUUUUUUUUUUCUUCGUGUGUGUGUGUAUGUCAGGGUGCCCUGAAUCUUUAAAUAUGUUAGGAAUACAGACAUGUUUAAAUCCAAAUGGCAACAUUUUCCCAACUCUGCUAUAUUAACAGGGUAGCUGGUUUAGUCUUGGCUUUUAAAUUUUGACUUAAUCACUCAGAUUCAGGUGCUUAGUGAAUAACCCUGUUAGGGUUACUCAUGGUUUUCUGACCAGUUCUAGGUAGCAAAUUAAAUAUAGUUGGUUGCUAGCUCUAUUUUAGCUUAGAAAUAUUGCCUCAUGUUGUAUUCCCAUUCAGUGUAAUAACCAAUGUUUCAACUUAUAUUGUAUAUCUGCUCAUUGUUGUAAGUGCUAUCAGAUUGUGGGCAGAUCUGUAUUUCCAACAUGUUAAGACAUGCCGCAGUUUACAAAAGAAAGAAACUGCAUUACUAAUAUAGGUAUAUUGGACUUUUUGCAUAUGUGUGUACCUUGCUAAUGUUUUAUUUGUGCAGAUGGUGUAAAUGACUUUAUAGUGGAUCAUUAAUUGAUUGCAUUUGACUAAACCUGUUUUUAAAGAAAGGGAUUCCAAAUGAAAGUAACAAGACAAGUACUUUUAUUUAUUAAUAUAAUCGUGGCCCAAUGCUGCCUUCACUUCAUAUUUAUUGCCCGGUAACCAUUACUUUAUGCUGAACAGUAUUUGUAAUUUUUUUUUUUUUUUUUUAAAUGCAACAUUUUGCAUAUAGCUGCUCUGUUGGGCAACUGGUAUGCUAUGCUGUUUCUGGUUCUUAGGUCAUUAGUACGAGAAGCCUUCAUUUAUUAAAUGGACAAAUACUGUCAUAUAUGGUGGUCCCACUAACUGCUUAUAUAGUACCUUACUGCUGGCCAGACUUGAAGCACCUUGGUUGUAUUUACACAAUUAUUCAACAAAAGUGUUGGUAUUAUUUAUAAUGUUGUAUCUUUUCUUUGAUUCUUACUAUUUAUCUGUCGCAUGAGAUGUUAUUUUGAUGCAGUGGCUUUUUUUUUUUUUUUAAUUCUUUGUUUUAUUGAGGAUAAAGCAGGUUAUUACAAGGUUUGCAUUGAAUGUUUAAAUGUUACCAUAGGUUCUAUAACAGGUAUGACACAUGACAUUCAUAUACAUCUGUCCUCCCUUUUUUUUUUUUUUUUUUUUUUUUAAGACAUGUUUGGGUCAACUAGGGAGUAGUAUAACAUGUGUUGGGGGUCCAGCUGCGCUCCUGUGUCAGGGUGUGUACGUUGUGUUUGUUGUGGCAUUCUCCCAGGCAGGGUGUGCGUUUGGUUUUAGGGCUGUGAUUGUGUCCCAUGGUAUAGUCUCCUGGGGAGGUCGACCUAGAGGUGGGUAGGCCUGUAUUAGUGUCUGGUUGCCCUGUCUAUGAGUGCUCUGGUGUCUGUGGUUGGACCCGUGUUGUGAGGUUCGUCCUCUGGGUUCAGGCGGUGCGAGUGUCGGUGAGUCGUAUUGGGUACUGUAUUGUUGGGCCAGGUAUGUGUGCUGUCGCUCAGAGUGUAGGGGUGCCAAUGAUGGCACUCAGUGUGACAUGGGUGUGUGUGUGGUUAGUGGUCGUAGGAUGUCGUCCCCUAACCUAGGGGGACACGGGAGGAGGGUGAGGGUACUAUGGGUUGUGAGAGUCUGUCUCUCGGCCUCAGCAGGUGAUAGAGUCUGCAUUAGGUGUUGAGGAGCCCGUUGGGGUUGCUAAAAUGUUCGGUCUGGUAAAGUCCGAUAUCCUUCAUGUGGUUGCAGCAUUGGGGGGGAACUAGUGUGGGGUUUACUAUAAACUUGGGUAAAACAUAGUGGAACAAAACAUAAUGCUUGUGUGAGAGCUGGUCAUCUCAAGUUGGUGCCCCUCUAUCUUCCCGUCUCCUGGGGGUGAAUGGCGUUAUUCUGUCCGGAUCCCAAGCGUGUGGGGUGGAGGGGUUCUCCGCGUUCGCGGGUCUCGUGUGUAGCCCCAGGGCUUGCAAAAAUGAGUCCACCUCGUUAAGUGAGGAGAGUCCAUGGGUGGUGCCCCCCUUGGUUACUAUCAGGGCUCUUGGUAGUGUCCAUCUAUAUUCGAUGUCUGCUUCUUGUAGUCUCCUUGUCACUGGGCCUAGGGACCGGCGCCAUAGGAGUGUGUUCCGCGUGAGAUCUUGGUAGAAUGAGAGGUAUGAGUCCUCAAAGGGGAGCGGGGUCUUCCCUCUGACCACAGCCAUAAGUCGGGCUUUAUCGGUCAGAGAUUGACAGCGGAUGAUGACGUCCUGGGAGGCCAUUUGUGGGGCUUGUCUGGGUUUCUUGAUUCGGAAGAAUCCGUCAAGUGCUACCUUUUUUGCCUGAGCGUGCUGAAGAGGCGCCUAAGGUAAUGGGCCAGUUCAGUCGCGUCAACUGAGUUAGGGAUUCCCCUGAUUUUGAUAUUGGCGCGCCUGUGGCGGUCUUCUGCCUGUACCUCUUUCCGGAGAUCUUGUAUAUCUUCCUCUGAGGCCUGUGUGCGUGCGGUCACUGCUUGUACCUCUGUUUUGAUCAGGUCCAUAUCUGCAGCGUGCAUCUGCCGCAUUUCUUGGAGCAAGUCUGCAAUAUCUUGCUUAGUGGCUGGCUUUAGGUUUUCCCUUCUCUCUACUGUGGGGUAGUGUGGCUGUUGGGGUUCUGUCAUCUCUUCGGACCGCUCCUCUGGGUCUUCCAGAUUGCGGACACCAUUAGGUGGGUUCGCCAUUUUGGAGGCUGUUGGGCGCUACAGCAUGGUGCUGAUAUCUAGGGAGUCCCUAUUAGCUCCCUCUGGGGGUUUAUGUGACCUUCGGCCCAUGUUGCUUGAUUCCCGGUGAGGGGUUUCCCCGUGGGUCAGCAGCGGGCUGGAUAAGGCAGCCGUCAGUGCCAGUAGGUCUGGUGCAGGCCUUGCCGUGCGGUAUUCCUGGUAGGCCCCCGAUCUCCGCCGGGUUUUUCUGCCCAUUUGCGGGAACAGAAAGGGCAUCUGUGUCCGGCUCACCUCCAUGGGGUGUGAAGGGUAGGUGUUGUCGGCGGGUAGGGUUCCGUGUGGGUGGUAACGGGUAGUAUCCUCAGCCACGGGAGCUCAUGAGAGUUGCUGCCAUUCAGUACGGACGCUUGACUCCGCCCUCAGUGGCAUUGAUUUAACCAGUGUUGUCUAACCAAGCGUUCUCCAACCCAGUUCUCAUGGACCGCCAACAGUCCAGGUUUUGUCAGUAUCUCCAUUGGAAUAAAACAGGGAAACCACUGGACUCUAACCAGCAUAUUUAAAAUAACCCAUUGGACUAACUGUAUUCAUGUCUUGGUAAUUCUAGCUACAUACUUACCUAGUAUGUGACGGCAGAGAUGAUGGGCUGUACGUCUGUAUGGUUUCUUAUAUUCGGCUAACCUUACAAAGUGGGCGUGCUUGUUUUUUAUUUAUUUAAAUGAUGCUAGGUUUAGGAUGAGAAACCUUGUUUAAAGGUCUGUCCUCACAUACCCUUCAUUUUAAAGGCUGUAGGGUUUAAUGGCUUCUUGAGUGAGUGGGCUGAUGAUGCCUGUCUCUGCAUUCCACAUUUAUUGACCAUAUUAACCUGACUGAGGGGUGACUGCUUUCAUUUCCUAGUUCCAUUCCUUUUUUUUUUUUUUUUUUUUUACAUAGAACAGGGGAAUGUCUGUCUGUCUGUCUCUGAGUUUCUUUCAGUGAGUUGGCAGCUUGUGCUGUCCUUUGAUUUCAUUUUUGUGUGGGUGAGCAGAAUGUACUGUUUUCCUGUGUGGCUGUUUUGUAGGUGCGAGAGCAUUCCAGUCAUGUAAAUACAUUCCAGUCAUGUGAAGAAAUAGAUAAUGUGCUUACUCAAUCCUCUGCUCGAUCAUUUAAGGUUUAGCACAAUUUAUCAAUCUUUAUCUCUGGUAAGUGCAAUAUAACACUAUGCUUUGUUGACGUGCCAAGUGUUUUAUAUGUGAAACUGGCCCAUGUGUAAUUAAAGGAACUGUAGGGCAGGGCUCGACAAAUUUGAUUGGAAUCUAGGAGCCAGUUAAAAAAAAAAAAAGUUAGAAGCCAGAUUUUUUUUUUUUUUUAAUAACCAAGCUUAAUUUUCAGCAACAAAAAUGCAAUUCUUAAAGGGACACUAUAUAGUCACCUGAACCACUAGUUUAUUGUAGUUGUUCUAGUGUCUAUACCAGGCAUAGGCAACCUUUGGCACUCCAGAUGUUUUGGACUACACCUUCCAUGAUGCUUUGGCAGCACUCUGGGUGUAGGAGCAUUAUGGGAGAUGUAGUCUACAACAUCUGGAGUGCCGAAGGUUGUCUGUACCCUGUCCCUGCUGGCUUUGCAGUGUAAAAAUUACCUUUUCAGAGAAAAGGCAGUGUUUACAUUGCUGCCUGUGACAGUCACUCAGCCUUGUGACAGUCACUCAUACAGCCACUAGAAGUGCAGCAUCUAUGUUCAGUAUCUCUACGCUCUUCUUGGAGGCACUGAAUGUUCCCCAUAGAGAUGCAUUGACUCUCUCAUACACACUCAAAAAUUAUAGGUUUUUUGUUGUUGUUGUUUUUACUUAUUUUAAUUUAAAUCCACCCAGCCUGCUUACCUUUGGGAGAGCUGUCCCUAGCAAAAAGAGUACAGCUCCCUCGCAACACCAUUCUGCACAGUUGGCCGCUUCCGUUCUCCCACAUCCAGUCGACCUCCUGCAUUCUCCCUUACCGCCUCCGCUGAACAGGCUGACAAGUCCCAGGCGCCUGGGCAAAAUUCCUAGUUACCAUUAUGACCUGGCGUCUGGGAUUUGUCGAGCCCUGUUGAAACUAAAGGCACUCUUCUUUUAAAGAAAUGUGAUACUCCGUUCUUAAUGGUCUGCAGUUGUAUGAAUUGUGUAAUGAUCUAGUCGUGAAUGUUUUUGCUCCUUUUGAGUGUAUAUCUCAAAAUAUCAGGUGCUGAGAGGUGACAGCCAAACUGAAUAUUUUGUUUAUAUGAACUUCUUGAAUUAAAUACAUAAUGUGAGAGCACUGACCUUCAAUAAAGUGUAAUUUUUCAUAUAAAGUCUCUGGAACCAUUAAUUAUGUUAUCAACACCUUUACUUUUGCAACAGUGCACUUUCUUCCUGUUCUAGAAUAAUGCAAAUGGUUUGGUUUGUAAUUGUUUAUCACUUUUUAUGUGUGCUUACUGCUUUAUUUUGUAUCUAUUGUAUGUUAGACUGAGGGUUUGUGUUUUUUUUGUUUUUUUUUGUCUUUGUACCAUUUGUUUUUCUACAGAUAGCCCAGUACUGCUAGCAGAACUACGACCUAAUAGAGAACAGCCAUAUGAGUGGAAGGCCAGUUGUGAGACAUGGAGUGUAGCCUUCUCCCCAGAUGGUACUUGGUUUGCCUGGUCUCAAGGGCAUGGCAUCAUCAAGCUUAUUCCGUGGCCCCUGGAAGAGGACCUACUGUAGGUGUUUGUUCUGGACAGUUCUUAUUUGUUUUGGUAUCGUGCUCGUAAUUUUAUUACUACAGUUUUCGCUGAAGUCAUAUGGCAGGUGCUUACUCUGUGCAGUCUAGAUUCAUAUCAAAAGGCAAAUAUAUCGCAAAUGUCGUUUAAUUUUAUGUUUUAUACUUGUAUACACAUCACAUUGUUCUCCGGAAUGACCAGUUUCACUGCCAGCAUGCCACCAGUUUCACUGCCAGCAUGCCACCAGUUUCACUGCCAGCAUGCCACCAGUUUCACUGCCAGCAUGCCACCAGUUUCACUGCCAGCAUGCCACCAGUUGCUAUUUGCAGCAGCAAUAACUUUCAUUUUGUGCCCCCCAGCUACUCUCCCAGUAUGCCACUGUUAUGAAUAAAUGGCUUUCAGGGCCUCUAUAUAUAUUUUUUUUUUAUUUAUUUUUUUUAUUAUAUAUUUUGUAUGUGGGACCUUGUUUUCCACACCACAUAUACAGUGUGGUCUUUUGGCUAUCUUAUUGCAUUAAGGUAACAUUGAAUAUGGCAUGUUAAUUCUGUUCAGCACAGGUAUUUAAAUGUGCAUAUAAAUAUCAUGAGAAUUCUCAAUGUAUGAGUUAUAGGCAAGAAAAAAAAACUUACACGCUUUUUAAAAUGAGAACAACUAGUUAGUUGUCUUUUAGGCUUUAGCACAGAAUACGUGUGUUGCCUUGUGCCCCCUAUUUGACAGUAAGUUCUGUUUGUCCCUGCCAGAAAAAAAAAAGUUUGAUACAAAUUAAUCUUUAUCAAUGUGCUGCUAUACUCUUAAAUUCCUGUUCCGUUUAAGAACUCACUCUGUCGUUACUUCAUUUAAUUAUGUGGACGUUCCUGGAUGCUUUGAGUUAGAUUUCCAGUACUUUUAUCAUAGAUUACAUGUAAGAAAAUGAGUGCCAUGUUUUCUAUGGUUCUCUUCUGUUUCAUGUAAAAAAUGAGUCUGACUGUUCCUUGAAGGACUCAUGUUAGCUGUGUUUGGUUAUGAUGUAAAACAGGAUCUAAAGUGCUAGUUGUACUCACCUUGGCGUUGUCACUCCCUACAGACACAGUGAUUCAAAUCUAAAAUAGGUGAGCUUGCACAGUACAUAUACAAUGUAGAUUCUCCCUUUUGAAAUCUUGUUUGUUUAAAAUAUGUAAAUAAAAUAUAGACCAUAUUAAAUAUUCAUAAAACCAUAGAAACGUGCUUAUCCAACUCACAUGCUGCUGAGCCAAAUAUAAUCGGCUCAGACUAUUAGAAUUCCUCUGUAGUGCCUUUUUAUAGUAAUCUGGUUGCUGUUCCCAGCAGGCACAUGUGUAGAAUCUCCUUGGCACUUGCUGAAAAUCAUGGUCCAAAAGUCUGUGAUACCAGGCUUUAUUCAGUUUACAUACAAGUAAAACACAGAUUUAAAAAAAUAGGCACCCCAACCCCCCCCACCCCCCCACCUCCCUCCCCCCAAAAAAAAACUACACAGCAGCGCCAUGUUUCAACCUUUCAAUGGUCUUUAUCAAGGUGCAUUUCAUAUUGGCAGCAGUUGGAUAACCACAUUUUUCUAUGGUUGUAUUAAUGAAUUUUUUUUUUAAUAUUACACGACCAUUUGUUUUGUUUAUAUAUUUCAGAUCAUGAUCAAGAUUUUGAAAGUGGUGAUAUAUAUAUUGUAUAUGUACUGUGCACUCUCACCUACUGUUUUAUGUUUGGAUCACUGUGUCUGGUUUUGCUGUUUUGAAUUUUUUUUCUUGCUUGCUUGCAUGCAUGCAAGUCACCCUGCUCUUUGUCACUAUUGCUGCUCUGUCAACAUAGAAUUUUAAAAAUGAUGUAAGAUAUUUGCCCAUGGACUUGUUUAGCCUACAUUUUAGACAGAUAUUCUAUGUUUAUUUGUUAGACGACCUCAGGGCUACAGUCAGUGCUUUAAGGUAAAAGAGGUGAAAGGACAUGGGAGCCUAAAAGAAAAGACUCUGGACUGCGGGCGAAUAGUUUGGAGCUUGGCCUUUGGCUCUUCGUCAACUAAAACUGGAUGGAAGCUAUGGCCGCGCAGUUGGCACCAAGAAGUGGGACCUCCUGGAACACUGCUACUUUUGGCAACAGGACUUAGUGAUGGAUAUGUAAAAGUCUGGAAUGUACAUACAGGUAAUCCUUAAAAAUAAAUCAAAGAAAUGGAUAGGUUGUUCUAUUUGAAUGUAAUAAGGCAUGAAAAUAUCUUCUUUGGUUCAGUUACUGUUUAAAAGUAAACGUUGAAAAAAAUUAUUUUUGACUUUUGCAUUAGAACUUCUAUACUUUUUUGUAAAUUUUUUUUUUAUUUUUUAUUUUUUGUGUUCUCAAAAGGAUUUUGAGUCUUAACCCCUUAAGGACACAUGGCAUGUGUGACAUGUCACGAUUCCCGUUUAUUCUAGAAGUUUGGCCCUUAAGGGGUUAAACAAGCCUGUAUUUCAGCUGUAAUUAUUUCUUUUGAAGGCUAAAGCCUAUGUGUGGUACAACAUGCUUCAAAACCUGAAAUAGCUGAUUAUUACAAAGUUCCACAUUUCUCAAACAGAUUUCAAGAUGCUGGAGAGCUAAGUCACCUCUUGAAUUUCAGUUCAAAAAACAUUCAGUUGUUGUGGUUCAAAAUUGUAACAGUGGAGCAGUCCUACAUGAAAACCAGUGUAAUCCGUGGACGGUUCAUGCUGAUUGCUCCAAUUCUUAAACUUUGCACCAGUGUUGUGUCUUAUAAACUAACCAACUUUUGCCUUUAAAUUGCAUUUUAGAGCUGCAAACACCUUUCAAUUUAGCCAACGGAGGCCUUGUGGCACGGACUUUGUGAUUGUGCAACCAUUUCUUAUCUCUUUCUUUUUUUUUUUUUUUUAUUACAGGCAGGGUUCUUUUCAAUCUUACUGGCCAUAAAGAUGUUGUGAGAGACUUGAGCUUUUCUACCAAUGGCAGUCUGAUACUGGUCUCUGCAUCCCGGGACAAGACACUACGAGUAUGGGAUUUAAAAAAGGAUGGUAUGACUUUAAAAACUAAUUUCAUGUUUCCUUAGAACAUUGUUAUCCACUCACACCUGGAUUACAUUGCCCACCUACUGAUGCCACCUCUCCCCCUACCAAAAAGCCCUUGCCCACGAAUAGCCUUUUUAAUAGUAGUUCGAGUGAGAAUGGUGGAAAAUAUCCCAUGAGAUUCUUGCACAAGAUUUCAGUUGUCCCUUUCCACUAUAAUAUGAUUUUUUUUUUUUUAUUGUCAUCUAUCUUAAACGCAAACUUCUGGUUGUCUCCAAUACAUUUAUUGCUGUGACUUUCCUUAUUAAACAUACCUUCUUGAAACUGGAAAAAACAUUCAAUGAAUAUUAGUUUUGCAGCUAAAGCAAAUGUAAUCUAUAGUUUCAUCUGACAUUGUGUUCAGCAACAGGAUUUAUAGCAAGUAACGUUUAGUGCACGUUAGUCAAAUCAUUUUUAUCUCACAUUUUGAUUAAUAUAUAUCACUUAAAGGACAAAGAGCAGAGACAUUAAAUCUGAGGUUUUUUUUUUUUUCUUCUAUUUUCUCUUAAAAGAGAGGCUGCCAGCAAGCCCUAAUAAUGACUGUGGCAUUGUUGGUGCAGCAGAAUAAUCGUACACUUCCUGUGCCACGGGUGUGAAAAGCCUUUGGAUAUGUAUUGCUCACUCCUCAUGUGGCGCAAUAAAAACGUUAGUGUUAAGAAUACAAAAAUUGCCUGGUGGCAAGUAAAGGGUUAAAAAAAAAGCCUUUAAACACUUACCUGAUUCCAGUGCUGAAGUCUCUUGGCGCUGGGUCGGUCUCCUCCGUCAAUGUCUGCCGAUGGGAAGGACCUAAUGCGCAAGCGCAGAGGUUUUUGAAGACGCUGGACGUCAUCAUGCAAAGCGUUGUUUCAUAGAGUCAAACUCACUGUAAAAGGCCAAGAAGGGCCUCUAGUGGUUGUCUUAAUCCUGCAAUGCAAACCUUUAGUUUCUCUGUUUGCAGCUGCAGAGACUGCACCAGGACCACUUCAUCUCAUUACCUACAGUGCCCUUUUUUAAGGGUUCAAAACCAUUUUUUUUUUUUUUUGUAAAUCUGUUUUAUUGGAGAAAAAGAGUUAGGCUCGCAGGCCUCAGUGGAUAGCAUUAUUAGUUGUUACAACAUAUGUCAGUCUUCAAAACAGUAUAGUGGGAGUUUCCCAAAACUUCAAGGCACUUGCAUUCCAAUAUCAAUUUAAGGCUUAGUUAGCGUACAUGUUAUUUGCAUAAAUACAGCACUAGAGAGCAUUUUUAGUAAUUGCUUGCAGGACAAUAUUUAGUAUGUUUUUGUGUGGGGCAUGUUCCUCAUUUGAUGCUCGACCCUCUAAAUAUAGGCAAGCAAAUAUUGCUUUCAUUCGUCAGGUUAGUGACUUAUAUCCCUGAGGGACAUAUGGGAGUAACAAAAAAUAUAACGUGUUGUAGGGUGAAAAAGAAGAGGGUUAAGGGAUGAUGUGUAUGUGUGAGGAUAGUUCUCCCCGGUGUCCACACUCCCCCGCCCAAUCGCAACGGGCCUUGAGCGUGCGCGUGAUGGUCAGGUUUUCGUCAGGUCCUGUCCUAGCGGCUUACUGUAGUACGUUGGUCAUGCAUUGUGAACCUAUGCUGUGUUAUUGUCUCGGUGGAUUCAUCUAGUGGUCGGCUCUAUACUGUGUGUUGGGUCCUUCCCUUCGGGCUCCAUCUCCUAAAUUGCACAGCCGUAUGAUGUGUCCUAUAGGCUGUAGUUUAGUCUAUCAUGUGCGUUGGUUGGUCGUGUGUGUGUCGGGAGGGAUUUCAUGAUACCACAUUAUCGUUUAUCUAGCGUGCGCGAGCAUAAGUUCGGGUCAGUAAGGUAUCGUAUGUUACUACGGGCCAUAACCCCUCCCAAGAUAAAUUAUCCGACACAUAAGGGUAAGUACGGCCAACAAAGGCGACGAGUCCCAGCCUGUCCGUCCCGUCUCCGCGCCCCGUAUGGGCCCUUUAUCUGUCCGCCUGGUACGAGAACCAGGGUUGCCAUGUCUCCGCGUGCUUUGUCGAGCGUCCCGCCAGGGAUGCCCGCACCGCCUCAGCCGCCUGGAUGUCCUUGACCCUAUGGAUCCAUUCUUCUAUCGUGGGAACAGUUGCUGUCUUCCAAUAUACUGGGAUUAAGGAUUUGGCAGCAUUAGGAGAUGGCGUAGAAUUGAUUUCUUAUAUCUGGGGAUAGUUUGUGAAGUAAUAUGUAAUAGGGCCAAUUCUCGGGACCAUUCCGUGUCAUCCCCCAAGAUCUCCUUUAUUUUGGCGUGGAUAUGGUCCCAAUAUUGUGCGAUGGCAUUCCCACCAUAAAUGUACUAUGGUACCUCUCGCGUCUUGACAUCUCCAGCAGAGUGGGGACGCCUCUGGAUAGAUUUUCUGUAUGGCUACCGGGGUUUUAUACCACAUGGAGAUCAGUUUAUAAUUGACCUCCUGAUAGUAGGAGCUUGAGGAGCUUUUGUGCUGCCAUAGGAGCGCUGUCCCCCAUUGCGUUGGUGUAAUGGCAAUAUCUAGUUGUGUUUCCCAUCGUCUUUGAAAUGUAUUGUUAUCCGAAGAGGCCCCAAUCAGUAGAUGUUGAUAGAGCAUCAAUACCGCGUUCUCGAGUUUAGAACCUCUGCGGCAUAUGCUUUCGAACCAUGUAAGGUCUCUGUGUAGGAGGUCCUUGUGGGGUAAGGAUUCGUAGUAAUGUGCUAAUUGUAGAUAAUGGAGGGUCAGGAGGGGGGUCUGCGGUCUUCCAGCUAAUAGUGAGCUGAGGGACCUUAUCCGACCUUCCUCCAGGAUCGUGCACAUUGGGAUAUAUUCCCUUUCCCCCAAAAAGGCCCAGGUCCUAAAGGGGAGUCCUCCCCCUAUAUUGGGGUUGUGUGUGAUUGAGAUCAUAGGACUGGGGGUCGGAGAGACCUGUUCCAUCUUCCUAGUUGAUUUCCAGAUCUUCAGGGUCUGUGCCACCGGAUUGCCGUCCUCUUCUGAUCCACACCGACCUCUCGCCUCCCUCCAUACGUCUGCUUUAAGUUUGGUCCCCGAGUCUUCUCUGUCCAGAGUUACCCACUGUUUCGGGUCUUCUGCUGCGUGCCACUCCAGGAUACGUUGCAUGGUGGUGGCUUGGUGGUACUUUUUGAAGUCCGGCAGUGCAAGGCCUCCUCUGAUCCUGGGUAGGCAGAGCGUUUCAUGUCGAAGGCGGGAUCUUUCCCCUCUCCAAACAUAUCGGAUGACCGCCGAUUUCAGGCUAGAGAAGAACGUUGUUGGUAGCGAUAUUGGGAUGGUUUGGAAUAAGUAUAAUAUCCGUGGUAGCACGUUCAUCUUGAGGACCGCUAUCCUGCCGUGCCAGGUGAUGUGUGGAUAUGCCCAUCGAUCGAGGUCCGAAGUUACUUGUCGUAGUAUGGCGGCAAAAUUGUGUUGGUAAAGGUCGCGUGGGUUGUGUCACCCAGAUGCCGAGAUAUUUCAUCUUCCCCUCGCAUCUGCGAAAUGGGAAAGCUGCGCUCAGUGUGGCAAAUUCGGUUGGUGGGAAGGUGACGUUAAGGAUCUCGCAUUUAGAUAAAUUUAAGUUUGAAUCCUGCGAUUUUUGCCAAAGCUUUCAAAUUCCCAGAGCAAGCAUGGCAGUGUGAUUCGUGGAUUAGAGAUGAAAAAGAGGAGAUCGUCCGCAUAUGCAGCCGCCUUGUGUUCCGUCCCUUUCCAUGAAUAGCCCUGGAUGUCAGGGUUCUGUCGUAUCGCCUGUAAGAGCGGUUCCAGAGACAUUGCGAAUAAAAGGGGGGAUAAGGGGCACCCCUGUCUGGUCCCGUUGUGAAUCUCAAAGCUGGACGUCAGUGCUCCAUUUACUUUAACCGCUGGGUUUAUCGUAUAAUGCCGAUAUCCACGACAUCAUCUUCGGUCCCAUUCCCAUGGCCCUCAACGUAUGCAUCAUGUAAGACCAGUUGACCCGAUCGAAGGCCUUUUCAGCAUCCGUGGAUAGCAGUAUAAGGCGUUCUCGCGAAAUCCGUGCUCGAUGGGUUCAAAACCAUUUAAAAUGAACAUUCCAAGCUACUUAAAGGGACACUCCAGGCACCCAGACCACUUCUGCCCAUUGGAGUGGUCUGGGUGCCAACUCCCACUACCCUUAACCCUGCAACUGUAAAUAUUGCAGUUUUCAUAAACUGCAAUAUUUACCUUACAGGGUUAACUCCUCUUCUGGGUUUAUAGCACAGAUUUGUGCAAUAGCGUCACUGGACGUCCUCACGCUAUGUGAGGACCUCCAGCGUCGCUGAAAUCCCCGUAGGAAAGCAUUGAAAGCAUUUUUCAAUGCUUUCCUAUGGGGAGGUCUAAGUCGCAUGCGCAUUAGGUCUCCCCCGUCGCAGGCCGUGCAUGCGCAAUAGGUCUCUCCCGCCAGAUGAUGGUGGGGGAGGACCCUGAACCAGCGCCGAGGGACAUCGGCGCUGGAUAAAGGUAAGUUACUGAAGGGGUUUUAACCCCUUCAGCAACUUGGGAUGGGGAGGGGACCUGCUCCUGGCACUGGAGUGUCCCUUUAAUCACACCAGCCCAUUUUGGAACCUUUUGACUUCUUACCUGCAGUCUGCCAGAUACUGCUCUACACCUCUACUUCUAAGCAUUGGCUGACAAUCUCAACUACUGUUGUAAGCUCUGCUGUUCAAAAACAGUUUGACUACUCCCAAUGAUGGGGAAUGCCGGGGCACUCCUGGUACCAUAACCAUUACAGCAAGCCGUAGUUUGUAUGGUGCUUGGAGUGUUCCUUUUUAAAUGCAUUAUCAGUCUAUAGUCUGCUGCUGGGUGUUUUUUCUAGCGUCAUUAAAAUGUAAUACAUGCAUAUAUUUCUGUAUUUAAGACUGCAGGAAAUAAACUUGUAUGACUUUCCACUUUAGAAUAAUUACAUAUGGGGAUCUGUGUGGCUGUAGACACACCCGUAGGAAGAGACUGAGUUUAGUUGAGGGUGUGGGUAUUCUAAAUAACUGAAAUAGUUUUGCAUCCGCAGUUGUGUAUUCAGGAAAGUCCACUCCCUGUUGUCAUGUGAAGUGUAAGCUCUUUAUGAUAUAGUUACACAUACAGGAAACCUUUCUGAAACCCAACCCUAGACAUCCAUGAAUAUGGUUAUUCACUAGCAAGUAUACAAUAAUGCAGGCUUUACUGAAGCAUGUGUGUUUUUUUUUUUUUUUUUACAACAAUUGCAAAGCUAUUGUAAAGUCCUUGUCCCUAAUAUUAUAGUCAUUGUAAAUACCAAGAGAACAUAAAAUAGAAAAAUACCUUGUUGGAAAUGGAUGAUAGGUAUUUUUAUUUACAAAACCAUUUGCUGUUAAAUUAAUGUGUAUUUUUUUUUUUAAUUUCAAUAGAAUGUUUUAUUGAAUUGCUUUUAAAGAAGGAAAAGGAUUAAUGUAGGACUGAGUUGAAAAAAAAAAAAAUACAGUAUGCAUAGCAUUGCAAUUGCAUGUUCAAACAGUCAAAAAAUAAAUAAUUUUCAGUGGUUCCCAAACCAGUCCAGGAUUUAGGGAUCACUCUGUGUCCAAGGUGUGUGGUUUUUUUUUUUUUUUCUUCUAAAAACACCUUAGAUACAACUGGGUAAUCCCUGAAUCCUGGACUUGUAGGGGUUCCACGAGGACUGGGUUGGGAACCACUGUAACAUUAAAAUAAAUGUUUUCCCUAGCUUAUAGUAGCAGUAGAAGUGGGUGAACUUUCCAGUGUGGGACAAGUAACCCCCCCUUGCUACUCACCCCUUAAAUGCUGCCAUUCCCAAAGUUACUUCAAUUUUUUUUUUUUUUGUUCCGCCGACGAGUUACCCUUGGUUUGUAAGGCUUGGGGGGGAGCCAGUUCCCCAGGUGGCAAGCUGCAGGAUGCUAUCUCCGAGCCUCAAGGGGUUAUGGAGCACUGUUUUUAAUGUUAAGAUGUUCUGGCUAGUUGUAGGUAGGCCAUCAUGGGUGAGUGCCAAUCACUUGGCAGGCGCUGAGCUGUAUGAUCUGUCUUCUAGUCAGUCCACCAGGUUUACAAUAAUUGUCCGUAAACCUAGGGUAGAUGUGAUUUUUGUGAAUAUGUGUUCAGAUAUCUUACUCAUAUGUAUGUGUGAAGAGUUUGUUGAUAUGUUUGAAAUGUGACAUUCCAAAAUGCCACCAUAAUGUAAAUGUAUAGGAGUUUACCGGUAUUUUGCAGGGCCAUGCAUGCUUUUGACCUGUGGAUUUGCCUCAUCCCUGAGCUAUUCAUUCUUCUCCCUGAUUAAAAUGAGAAAUUGUGGCAAUCCUUUUAUUUGCAUGCACCUGUCAAAUUUUGUUCAUCCGUGUUGUAAUGUUUUGAGUAUAUUAAAUGUAAGCUGCGUGCUUUACCGAAAUGUACCUAAAUCUUCAAUUAGCAAUCUGUAGCUUGUAUUUUUUUUUUCUUUAUUAAUAUCUAAACACUAUAAGGUGUCUCCUUGCCAACAUUUAGUUGCUUGUAGAGUAACUUUGACUACUUAUAUUUAAUUUUGGGGCAGAGGGUUGGGUAUUUUUUUGUUUUGUUUUAAACUAUAUUGUGUGUUUAAAGUAACAUUUGCACUCUUUGCCCCUUAGGUAAAAUGCUCCAGGUGCUAAGUGGACACAUCCAGUGGGUUUAUUGCUGUUCCAUCUCCCCAGAUUGCAGCAUGUUGUGCUCUGCUGCAGGAGAAGAUUCGGUGAGAGCCCAAACCAGAACCAUAAUAACUGUUAACUUCCUAUACUUUUCAUUUUCCAAUUACAGGCUCUGGAGCUAUGGUACAAAAAUUAACACCCCAAAAGAAAAACCUGACUUGUAUUCUAAUCUCAUCAAGGAUUUAAAAAUAUAAUUUAUUUAUUUUGCUAACUUAAUUCUACGCUUCCUUAGCACCCACUUAACAUCUCCUACCUCCCUCAUACAGUUACUGGAUCAAUACAGUAAAAACUCUUUCUACAGAAUCAGGGAAAAGACUCAAGCCCUUGCGAUUGGCCUGUUAAAUUACCUAAAAGUUUUCUUACAGACAGACAACAGAUGUGACUGGAAAAACAAGGACAUAUCCUACCAGGGCCAGUGCAAGGAUUUCUGCUGCCCUAGGCAAAGAUCCAUUUUGCGCCCCCUCAUGUCACACACAGACACUCACACCUACUGACAGUCAAACACUCACCUCCCUGCGGGAUUCAGUGUGGGGCAGCCUUUCACUCCUCCCGCCCGCUGUUUAGUAUGCCAGGGCUGGAAUGAUGUCAUAUUCCGGCACCCGGUUUACAGAGGAGGAGUGAGAGGCUGCAAGAACAGCCUCCGUCGCUGCCUGGCUUUUCUGUCCCCCUCUCCUCCGGACGGUCACCAAGGUAAGCAGGUGCCUGCUCUGCCUUACCUAGCACAGCUUCGGGGCACCCUCAGAUGGCCACCUCUUCGGGCCCCCUGUGACAGGGCUUCUCUCGGUGCCCCCACCUUUGGGUGCAUUGAGGAUCAGCCGGUGUUGGGGGGCGGCCUCGCCCGGAAUAGCCGCUCACCCAGUGCUGCUGCCUCAGACUGGGGCAGGCAGUCCACCAGGAAACAUCCCGGUUGGCGCCCCCAGCAGGCCGGCGCCCUAGGUGAAUGCCUAGUUCACCCAACUGUUGUGCCGGCCCUGUAUCCUACCUAGGCUUAUAACAAACCAUGGCCCACCAUACGCUCAUUCAAAUGAAUCAUACACAACUUAUUACUCUGUUUAAAAGCUCUAUUGAGAACUGGUCCAAGACCUGGUUGGAGGGGGAUAAACUUAAAGGAACACUAUAGUCGCCUAAACAACUUUAGCUUAAUGAAGCAGUUUUAGUGUAUAGAUCAGGUUUAUCAGGUUUUACUGCUCAAUCAGCUCCACCACGCAGGCUCGCUGCCUAGGUGUUCUUUGACUCCGACCUCUCCUUCAAGCCUCAUUGCUUUCAAAUCUCUACAUAAUGCUGCUCCCACCUAUCUAUCCUCCCUUAUACACAAGUAUGUCCGUCUAGGCCCUUACGAUCUGCUGAAGAUUUACGUCUAUCUUCUGUCCGUACUCCCACCUCUGAUGCUUGCCUUCAAGAUUUCUCGAGGGCUGCACCGUUCCUGUGGAACUCGCUUCCCUCCUCCGUUAGAUGCUCACCCAGUCUCCACUCCUUCAAAAAAUCGUUAAAAACCCACUUCUUCAUAAAAGCGAAUAAAUUAAACUGUUAAUAGCUCCCGACUGACUCCUCUUCUGCAACUGUCAUUAGUCUAACACUAUCCUUACCUUUUUGUGUCAUUUUACCCCACUCCCUCUAGCAUGUAAACCCAUUGAGCAGGGUCCUCAACCCCUCUGUUCAUGUGUGUCCAACUUGUCUGGUUACAACUACAUGUCUGUUCGUCCACCCAUUGUAAAGCGCUGCAGAAUUUGAUGGCGCUAUAUAAAUGGCAUAAUAAAUCACUGCCAUAUAGGAGUUAAAUUACUUUGUUUCUGUUUAUGCAGCCCUUGUCAGACCUCCCCUGACUUUGAUUGACACAGCCUGCAUGGAAAAAAAAACUGGUUUCACUUUCAAUAAGAUGUAAUAUACCUUAAACAAUUGUAUCUAUUUCUCUGUAACUUGAACUUUAAUCACAUACAGGAGGCUCUUGCGGGGCCUAGCAAGCUAUUAACAUAGCAGGGGAUAAGAAAAUCUAAAUUAAACUUCCUAUAAAGGAAAGAUAAACUUUUAGAUGACUCUCUUUACAGGAAGUGUUUAGGAAGGCUGUGCAAGUCACAUGCAGAGAGGUGUGACUAGGAUUCAUAAACAAAGUGAUUUAACUCAAAUAAAUGGCAGAGAAUUGAGAAGUGAGACCGCAGGGACAUGAUCUAUACAUCAAAACUGCUUCAUUAAGCCAAAGUUGUUUUGGUGACUAUAGCGGCCAUUUAACCUAAAUGCGUGUCUCACCAAUCAUCCUAUAUAUAUUCUUAGAACUAUUCUUAUAGCACUAUCAAAUAGUUUGCUUAGACAAUAUCAAGGAUUCGAGUUACAUAUGGAAACGCAAACCAACAAGGGCGUCUCAAGUCACCUGCUGCUUGCACCCAUCGAAGGUUGGUUCUGGAUGGUUGAUCAUAUUACAUGGCUAGUUGAAUCACUCUUUGUUCUCCACAAAAGCUUCUCUCUUGUGGGCAACAUUGGCGUUUGCAUGCUGAACACCUUUUCCACACUCCCCAUUACUCACUCAUCUCGCCCUAGAAUGCUGAAUAUGCCGGCAACAUUUAGACACUCCAUGUUAAUUUGGUGCAAGUGGACACCAACAUUACUCUUCACAUGCUUGACAUUGUACCUGGCCCCAUAAGGGACUUUAAAAGUUUACUUGCAUAUAACAGUCUGGCAAAAAUCAAAAAGGUGCACUAGCUAUAGUCUGAGGUGGGAGUUCACAUGUGCCUUCCAUAAGCCCACCAACUAUGGAGUAAGUCAGGAGCCAACUCGCUCGUAUAAAACAAUAUGAAGAAAUGUUUCCCAGAUUUAACGGCUCUCUACUGGACUUUGGAAAUAUGGUACCAAAGCAAGAGUCCAGGCUCUCCAAUCUCACCUCUUCCUCACUUACCUUUUCUCCCUCACCAUGCUGGUCUCUCAGCAGCUGGCCCCACCUCCAUGGCUGAGAUCAUCAAUUUUGACAAUUUCAUCCAAUCCAAUGCUUUCCAAUAGGAAAUCAUUGUGAGGCUAUGUCGUAUGCAUGGCAAAACACUGCUGCGCAAAUCUACAUCCCCUCAUAGAUAUGCAUCGAAUCAAUGCAUCUCUAUGGGGAACGCUCAGCGUCUACAUGCAGAACAUGGAGAAGCUGAACGUAGGCACUGCACACAGUGCUACACUGACAUAGAAAGCAUGUAAAGUUUUCCUAGGCACUUUUCUCUGAAAAGCAAAUGGCUAGAGCUGUCUAUGCAAAAAAGGCAGGAAAUUUAACACUAGCUAAAUAACUUAUUUCUAGGGACACCUUAGUGUAACACUGUGAUUUUAAAGGGCCACUCUUGGUACUAUAACAACUUUAUAGUACUCUUUUCACUUGCUUAUCUCAAUAGGAAGCUAGUGAUAGGCAGAGUGUCCGUAUUUAAAUCUGCAAUGGAAAAGUGAUUCCCAUUUGAAAUCUAACGAUGGCAUGCUUAACCCCUUAAGGACCAAACUUCUGGAAUAAAAGGGAAUCCUGACAUGUCACACCUGUCAUGUGUCCUUAAGGGGUUAAACUUCUAUUUGUUUAAUAAAUACCCCACCCCGUUCGUUCUGUUUUUCUUUUUUUAAAGAUUACUCUGAUUUUUUUUUUUUUAUUUUUUUUUACCAUGACAAGUGCAAGUAGACUUCAAUCUUUCUGCUUUGAGUGGUCAAAUAAUAUCUAGUUUCCCCUUACUACAGUAUUAAAGGACCACUAUAGUGCCAGGAAAACAUACUUUUUCCUGGCACUAUAGUGCCCUGAGGGUGCCUCUACCCUCAGGGUCCCCCUCCUGCUGGGCUCUUGGGAGAGGAAGGGGUUAAACUCUCCUCUUUCUACAGAGCCGGGCGGGGAGCUCUCCUCCUCUCCUGAAUGCGCAUGUGCGGCAGGAGCUGCGUGCGCAUUCAGCCAGUCUCCUAGGAAAGCAUUCAUAAUGCUUUCCUAUGGACGCUGGCGUCUUCUCACUGUGAUUUUCAGUGAGAAGCACGCAAGCGUCUCUAGCGGCUGUCAAUGAGUAAUUUAACACGUCUGUAGAAUAUUUAUGCUGAUUAUUUUAGAAGCUAGGAAACCUACAUUGUACUAUACAAGUUCAGAUGCCAGACAAAGCUCUCAAAAGACUUCACGGUCUCAUGGUAUUUAACAAACCCCAAAGUAAUGUUUUUAUUUGCUAUUUAGGUCUUGCUAUGGAGUAUGCGUUCCUACACACUCAUUCGAAAACUUGAGGGUCACCGGAACAGUGUGAUCUCAUGUGACUUCUCUCCAGAUUCUGCUCUUCUAGUGACUGCGUCCUUUGACACUACCAUGAUUAUGUGGGACCCUUACACCGGAGAAAAGCUGAGAGCGUUUCUGUAAGUUUAUUACUGGAAUUGGACUGGCUUGACUACAGUGCCUAACGAAGUAUCUUAUUAAGAUGUAUAGAUUUAGAUAAUGAGAAAUUUGAGUGAGGAAGUAAAGUGUUUGUUAUUAAAUGUGCACUUUUAAUUUUAGGCAUGUAUCUCUCCCACCCGCCUUUGAUUACAGUAAUGCAGAGCCACAGCUCAGCUCUUUGAGAUCAGUCUGCUUUUCUCCAGAAGGGUUGUACUUGGCAAGCUUGGCAGAUGACAGGUAAGGAAGGAAUUGUGCCAUGCUAUCCCUUAGAGAAGCUGAACAUGUGCUGACAUCUAGUGUUUAAAUUAGAUGAUGAAAGUCAUCGCCUUGGCUAUUCUGGCUGCUAAACUUUUGUAACCUGAAAAUACACUGAGGUAGUAUCAAAGUUCAUAUGAAUACAAAAAAGAAAAGAAAAAAACUACCAUAGAGUGUCUCAACAUUUUGGUAAACAUAGUCACAAUGAAAUGGGCAUAAAAAAAAUAACUUUUAAUGGAUAUAUUAAAAUGAUAAAAGCAAAACAAAAAGCACAAGGCUAAAAAAUAUGUCCUAUAAACUAGUAGGGGUAUUAAACCUCCAAUAGAACCAAUGGCAAGAGAAGUGUUGCUUCAAAGAAAUACUUAUUGGUGUAAAGUAAAACUACUUGCUAUGAACAAUGUAACUGUAUUCUAAAUAGAGAAGUUGGAUACUAGUAUCUUCAAAACUCUUCCUGCAGAACAGGGUAGGUUGAAUAUAGAUGAAAUGCCUCUAGUGCACAAGGGGUUAAACAGCACAGUAGUUGGUUGCAAUGGUUAAUAGAAAAGAGGCAGGGAAUACCUGUAUAAUAAAGAGGUUUAGGAGACAGUUGCAAGCAAGGUUAGAUAUAAUGGUCAAUAGAAAUAUAGAGACUAUAGGUAAUCCUGACGCUUGCUAGCAAGAGAGAUGUAAAUACAAAGAUACUUUAAUAGUAAAAAGUUAAGCCACUUUCUAUAAACAAUGUCACUGAAUUCAAGAUGGGAGGGUGGGGUAUUAGAAUCCUCUAAACUCCUCCUGCAAAACAGGGUCUGCUGUAUAUAGAUAAAGUACCUCUAAUACACAAGAGGUUAAACAGUACACCAAUAUGGUUGCAAUAGUUAAUGAAGAAGAGGCAGAGAAUACCUGUAAAUAGGGAGGUAUAGGAGGCAGUAGCAAGCUAGGAUUAGAUGCAAUGAUAAAUAGAGAUGUAGAAAAUAUAGAUAAUCCUGAUGCUUGUAAGAUAGAAAAUCUAAGUGCCUUCGAGGGCACCCCUUAAUAAAUGCUUAUACUAUAUAGCACAACCUCCCAAAAAGGUGUGAAUACAGAGAGAUACUUAAAUAGUAAAAAGUGAAGCCACUUGCUAUAAACAAUGUUCAAGAUAGGAGGGUGAAGUAUUGGUGUCCUCUGAACUCCUCCUGCAGGACAGGGUCUGCUGUAUAUAGAUAAAGUAUCUCUAAUACACAGGAGGUUAAACAGGAUACCAAUGUGGUUGCAAUAGUUAAUAGAAAAGAGGCAGAGAAUACCUGUAAAUAGGGAAGUAUAGGAGGCAAUAGCAAGCUAGGAUUAGAUACAAUGAUAAAUAGAGAUGUAGGAAAUAUAGGUAAUCCUGACACUUGUAAGAUAGAAAAACUAAGUGCCUUCGAGGGCACCCCUUAAUAAAUGCCUAUACUAUAUAACUCAACCCCCCAAAAAGGAAUAAAGAGACAGAGGAUAGGACAAGUAAAAAGAAUGCCUAGUUGUAAAAGUAAGAUCGCUAGUCAGACCGCGGCUGAAUAAGUGCAGCAGCAGAGGAAUGUCAAGCUAGGCUUCCUGAGCCCCUGACGUGCACGUUUCGUCUGGGUUACUCAUCUGCAGGAGGAGUUCAGAGGACACCAAUACUUCACCCUCCUAUCUUGAACAUUGUUUAUAGCAAGUGGCAUCACUUUUUACUAUUUAAGUAUCUCUCUGUAUUCACACCUUUUUGGGAGGUUGUGCUAUAUAGUAUAAGCAUUUAUUAAGGGGUGCCCUCGAAGGCACUUAGAUUUAUCUUACAAGCAUCAGGAUUAUCUAUAUUUUCUACAUCUCUAUUUAUCAUUGCAUCUAAUCCUAGCUUGCUACUGCCUCCUAUACCUCCCUAUUUACAGGUAUUCUCUGCCUCUUCUUCAUUAACUAUUGCAACCAUAUUGGUGUACUGUUUAACCUCUUGUGUAUUAGAGGUACUUUAUCUAUAUACAGCAGACCCUGUUUUGCAGGAGGAGUUUAGAGGAUACUAAUACCCCACCCUCCUAUUUUGAAUUCAAUGAUAUUGUUUAUAGAAAGUGGCUUAACUUUUUACUAUUAAAGUAUCUCUUUGUAUUGACAUCUCUCUUGCUAGCAAGUGUCAGGAUUACCUAGUCUCUAUAUUUCUACUGACCAUUAUAUCUAACCUAGCUUGCAACUGUCUCCUAUACCUCUUUAUUAUACAGGUAUUCCCUGCCUCUUUUCUAUUAACCAUUGCAACCAACUGUUGUGCUGUUUAACCCCUUGUGCACUAGAGGCAUUUCAUCUAUAUUCAACCUACCCUGUUCUGCAGGAAGAGUUUUGAAGAUACUAGUAUCCAACUUCUCUAUUUAGAAUACAGUUACAUUGUUCAUAGCAAGUAGUUUUACUUUACACCAAUAAGUAUUUCUUUGAAGCAACACUUCUCUUGCUAUUGGUUCUAUUGGAGGUUUAAUACCCCUACUAGUUUAUAGGACAUAUUAUUUUUUAGCCUUGUGCUUUUUGUUUUGCUUUUAUCAUUUUAAUAUAUCCAUUAAAAGUUAUUUUUUAUGCCCAUUUCAUUGUGACUAUAUUUACCAAAAUGUUGAGACACUCUAUGGUAGUUUUUUUUUUUCUUUUCUUUUUUUGUAUUCAUAUAAAUUCACCAUUUAGGGGUUACCCCCCAUUUUGUUUCUAUCCAUAUUUGUGCCUCAUUCAUAUCUAGGCUCUCCUUUUUUCUCUUUUAGUUACUUAGUAUCAAAGUUCCUUCCAUAUCUGAUGUAACCAUGUUAAUGGAUAAACCAAAAUGGCUUAUUGUUGGAACACUAAAUACCAAAUAUGGUUGUGUUUCAGAAUAGGUUUGUCAAUGCCAUGCUAUUUAAUGGUGACAUUUAAAGUUGCCUUUAGUGGGGCCUAAACUAUACAACAGAUUCCAUAAAAUUAUAUAAAUCUGCAUUGUCACGCAAUGUAGACAUGCAUGCCUCAGCAUUAUAGGGGUUAACCUGUAUUCUCUAAGGACCUGGAGCCCGAAAGAAACAAAGAUGUAUUACGGAAUGCCAGCCCAGAUGAAAUUGUACUUGUCAUACUCCAUCUGGCUCAAAUGUUGAUCAAAUAAAGAUUGCUAUAGGCAGCAUAUCCGAUCUGGACCUCUUCUAGAGCUCUGGGCACUCAUCCACACACUGUAUUCACACAUAGGCAUUCAAUCAUAGAUACACUUGCCUUCAUUCAUGCUCGCACCCGAGAAGGCUGCCCUAUAUUAUGGAUAUGCACAUGUCACCGGAUUCCUGAUUGAUUUAUAACCUGAAUUACUACCUGCAGUAUUUGACUUCUAUAUAGUGAAGGGCAGCACUUUCUGUAAGUGGCCCAUCAAUUUGUAUACAUGCUGCCUUCAGGGUUAUCUAGCUCUGUUUAAGCCAGGUUGUUUCUCAUGGUACAGCAUGCAGAUUUCAUAAUGGUCUGUCAAUGCUCAACAGUUUAAGUUGACUUACCUCUUUUGAAUUCUUGCAUAUAUUUUUAAUAAACAAUCAAUUUUGCUGCUUCAGGUUUCUGCGAGUUUGGCUGUUAGAUGUUGAAGACCCUGUGUCUGUGGCACCUGUUACAAAUGGUCUGUGUUGUACAUUCUUCCCACAUGGGGGAAUUCUUGCAACAGGGUAAGUAUAGCCACUAUGCAUUUAAAGCCUCUUCUGCAUAAAGCAAGGCUAACAUUACCUUAACCCCUUAAGGACCAAACUUCUGGAAUAAAAGGGAAUCAUGACAUGUCAUGUGUCCUUAAGGGGUUAAAGGCAAAAAAGUCUGCAACCAACCACAUUUCAGAGAUUAAAUGAACAAAAUAAUUGUCAUUGACCUACAAGCCCGGCGGUCCUGUUGGGGGCUGGCAGCGAGCUGUUACUUACCUUUCCUGCAGCUCCCUUCUCCUCCACUGUAAGUCUCGCGAGCGCCGCGCGGCACUCAGACCGCGAUACUUACAGUGGAGGAGAAGGGAGCUGCAGAAACGGUAAGUUACAGCUCGCUGUCAGCCCUCCUACACAGCCCAUGCCACUAGACCACCAGGCAAUGAGAGCCACCCCCCACCCCUGGCCAGCUAACAAGCAGGGAGGGGGGACGAAAAUGAAUUAAGAUUUAAAUAAUAAAAUAAAAAUAUUAAUAUAUAUUAGUUAUUAAAAAAAAAAAAAAAUGCCCACUCCCCACCAAGGCUCUGCAUCACACACACACUGCAUUCAUUAUAUAUACACACACUGUAAAUAAUUCAAUUAAUAUUUUUUGGGAUCGAAUUUUAUUUAGAAAUUUACCAGUGGCUGCUGCAUUUCCCACCCUAGUCUUAUACUCGAGUCAAUAAGUUUUCCCAGUUUUUGGGGGUAAAAUUAGGGGUCUCGACUUUUAGUCGGGUCGACUUAUACUCUAGUAUAUAUGGUACUUUAGGUCAUUAUCUAUACAAAUGGCUUGAUCUACUUCAGUGUGGCAUGUUCUUCUCCAGUUUCCUCACUCUAACCUUUUUAUAAUUUUACCUUCUACCUUACAGAAAUAGAGAUGGAUAUGUGCAGUUCUGGACAGCCCCCAAAGUUCUCUCUUCACUUCGACACCUAUGUCGUAAAGCAUUACGCUGCUUUCUUACCACCUACCAGGUUCUUGCUCUGCCCAUUCCAGGCAAAAUGAAGGAUUUUCUUACAUAUAGGACUAAUCUUUAGCCUCACCCAGCACAAGGAAUGCUAAAAUGGACUUACAGCACUUGACAUUAUUUAAACCACCAACAACAGAUGCAGAUUCCACUAAUAAAUCUCACUAAUCACCAGAAAUUGCAAAAGUUAGUCAUAGAAAAUGUGCAAAAGGAAUCUAAAAAAAAAAAAAAAGUUACAAAACAAAUGUUUCUGCAUCAUAAGUUGAGAAAACCGACCGAAUUAUCUGUAUUUAAAAACAAUGAAAUUUGAUGAUUAGGUCACUUUAAAGCGGCUUCCAAGGUUAGAAAAGCCCCUUAAAAUAACUUGCGUGCUCCUUUUUGCAGCAAACAUGAGAUGUGUAUGUUCAGUGAUGUAAUGAAUUUUUGUUUUUAAGGAUAAACCAGACUUCCUGGUUCUCUUAACCGUAUUGCAUAAUAUGUACUGCUUUACUGUACAUAUCUCCACAAUGGAUGCAAUUUCAUAAUUUACUUUUUUUUUCCUGUUCUGUUUAAAUUUAGAAACAACUUCUAAAAAUGCUGCUAGGGCAAAAAUAAUUAAUUUUUACUUAUCAGGCUGGAGCUACUUGGUCAGAGACUACGUAUGGCGUUACAGAGUACUGUAUGCCAUAAAAGAUAUUGGUCUUCAUACUCAUGAGAACAAUGUUAAUUACAUAGGAAUUCUAUAGUACACAUAAGUUUGGCUGCUAGAUAUUGGAUUUAAUAAGAAGCAAGGCUCUGGCAAUCUGCUAGUAUUUUUUUUUUUUUUUGGCCUAAGGACGACCAUUCCUUAAAUCCUAUAAUGUGAAUGUGUACAUUUGCACUUAUGUAUAAAGCGAUCAUUUUAAUUUAACUAAGUAAGCACUAACUUUACAAAUGGUAGCAAAUUCAAGGCCUAAAUGUAAUCCUGAACUGGUGUACAGGUACUAAAUAACUCUUAAAGGUUCCAAGACUCUCAUACAGCACUGAGAACAUUUAUCCCUAAACUGAUGUAAUGAAAGAAAAUUAGAGUAAGAUACCCCAUGUUAAACUUUUUUUUAAUUGUUUAUACAGUUUUGCCAUGUAUAUAAAUGAUGUGGCAAGUAACUGAAAAUAGGGCUUGUCCAACCCAUGCUGUAGCUAUAGAAAAUGUAUGACUAACAUAUCAGGCAUGUCAUUAUAAAAGGAUUUAACUAACCUAUGGUUCUAAAGGUUAAAAUAAAAUCCUUUAAUCAGGCUAAUAUGGGUUUCAAGAUACCAGUUUAAGAAGGUCCUAUUUGAACCCCUUAAGGACACAACUUCUGAAAUAAAAGGGAAUCAUGAUGGAAUAUUUCCAUCAUGUGUCCUUAAGGGGUUAAAGUACCAGAACCAGCCUAAAGGAGUAGUUUUUGUCUACCCUAGCAUUUUAACAAAAAAAAAAAAAAAACCUGCCUUGUCUGUGAAAAGGCAGUGUUUACCUUUUUGCCUAAAAACAUCUUUGAUGGUUACUCAGACAGCGAUUAGCUUUGCUUCUAUAGUGUCCUGCACUCUUUCAACAGUCCGCAUGCUCCCCAUAGAGAUGCAUAUUGCUGCACAGUAUAACCCCCAUUAGUAAUGAUUAACUCAGCUAGUGGAGGAUAGAAUUCCUUAUUUUAGUCCUCCUGGAGGGGUUCUAUUAAUUUAAAUCUUUAGGAAGAAAUAACAUCUUCCCUUUAACUUCAAGCACUUAAGUGUGUGGACUACCCAUACACUAGUUAGUGUCUGAAUAAAGUACAACUUAAUUGGAUGAUAUGUUGGGGGGAGGGGGAGGAGUGUAAACACCGUAGAGUGAUUGUAUAUUGUGUUAUGUUUUAGGUUAUCUAAAUAGAUUGCAUGUUACAGAUUGCUAUUGACUGAUUAAUUCCUAAUGGAGGUAGAUAUUCUAUUCCUUCCCCUAAUCUUACUUUUAAUCAGCAAUGCUCUGUUAAAUGAACAUCCAUGACACCAUAGCAACUUCAGUGGAAUGAAGAAUUUCUGGUAAUAGCUUACAUUUAGGAGUUAAACUGCUCAUGAGCAGUCUAACCCCAAAGUCCAGUAUCCAAUUGCCCUGCCGGUCCUUCCGUUGCUCAGAAUCUUGCAACAGGUACCCUUGGCUAGGAGUGCUGAUGAAUGGCUAAGGGUGUCAACGGCGGUUCUAAGCCAAUAAGUGGUACUCAGGGCCGAGGCUUACUCAUCAAGAUUCUGAGCAGUGGAAGAACGGGGCAGAGCAAUCAGUGUGUGAAUCCUUUGUGAUUUAACCCUUAAGAGUAAGCUAAUUAAGUUAUGGUGUCUGGAGUGUUCCUUUACUGUACUAGAUGCCAGGGCAUAACACACCCUCUCUCCCUCAAAGUCCUCCCUAAACAGCAAGCCCUCUCUAAAAAAACUGAUCUGUUCCACCCUGGGAGACUUUGUGGCCACAGUCUCUUCAUGGUGAAUGCAUCAAUAACGUCCUACAGGGAAGCAUUAAACAAAUUAUGUAUGAAAGCUCUCACUUCCAUCACAAGUGCAGAACACCCCCCCCCAAAAAAAAAAAUUCUGGAUGUCCAUAUGACAGUCAGUGAGCAUUCCUAAAUAUUUAAAGUGACGAUUUCUCUUAAAAUAUGCCCUUUUAGGAACUGGGUAAAGGGGCACCUCCUGUUAAGGGUCUGGAGUGUCUGUUUCAUAAAUAAACCUGCAGUGUACAGUUUGUACAUAGAAUAAAGUAAAUCUUACAGGUUUAUUUAAUAGAAGUGUUUGCAUUUGAAGUCACAAGAGCAAAACUAGAAAGAUAACUAUGGAAGAUUCCCACUCUCCCCAUUUGGCUAUUUGUGUAACUGUUUUAUACAAUUCGGUUUUAGAUUUUGCAUACAAGGCUGCUGCCUGACAUGCUGUGAAAACCACAGUUUGUUCUGAAAAUAUAUUUAGAUAGCAACCUACGUUAGCAAAACAGGAGCACUUAUACGCAAGUAAUAUACUUUCAGUUAUGUUCCUGGGGGAGGGGAAGCCGAUCAAUAGGCUAUUUACCAUUGUAUGUGUUUAGCGAGAUGAAGCAAUGUUAGGCAUAGGUUCCACAUUAGUAGUAGUGGUGUUAUAUAACUGUUUGGAAGUUGCAGAUCCACUGUAAAAAGGACCAAAAAUACAAUUGAAAUCAUUUGCUCUUUGCCGAUACUUAGUGCUACUAACUUGAUUUUUUUUUUUUUUCUCCAUCCUAUUCAUGAUGGUGUUUGGCUUGAAAAUCCUGAUUCUUUCAGCGCUGGGGAAGUUGACAGAUGACCCCACUAAUAUUGUGUUUUCUCUGGCACAAAUACUGUAAUAUAGAUUUUAUUUAAAGACCUUAAUUUCAAGUCAGCAUCAAUAAGAAAAUAUGACCAUAAAUGAGUUGUAACAGGGGUCCUUUCACACCUAACAGUGCAGAGAUGUAUCCAAAUAAAAAUAAGUUUUGGGGUCUGCACUCUUUGGCAUUGUCUUCUUCCUUCUUAAACUUUGUGUGAGGGGUCUUGCUCUGUCCAUGUACAGUAUUGCCUUCUAUGUUCUCAAGGCAUUAGUUCUUUCUAUUUAAUUUUUUAAGCUUCAGCUACAAUCAUGUCUCGGGUGACCUGGAAAGCUGCUAUAAGUGAACUUAGCUGAAGCUUCUCACUGGUUCCUGAAGCCAAUCUGUGUCUGAAAAGAAUAAAAACAAACAAACAAAAACUGAUGUAUAGAAUACAUAACAAAUAUUGGUAACCUGCUGACCCUGGUAAAAAUGUACUAGACAUGAUUUAAAAUGCUAAUGUAGUCUAGAUAAAUGUAAAAAAAAUACUUUUACUACAACUAUCUAAGCACACAUGAGCUAUGGUGCAAAUAUGAAGUCUUACAUGAUUUUUUUCUUUUCGCCCGUUCCUCAAAAGGGUAAGGUUUUAAUUGUCAAACUUUGUCAACAGCAGAUCAGAUGUAGAAAAUUAACGUUUACACUUUGAAACAACUGGAGUGAACAUACACUUGUAAUCAAAAGAAUUCAAC